GGAGGAAAGUGUUUUCGUACCCCGCAAGUGACGUCAUGUCACCUCCUACUGCCGCGUGACGUAGUGAGGUAACAGGAAGCUGCCGUUCCGCCCGUGCACUGAAAUCCGAGGCCAAGCCCGCUUUAGCUGCUCUACCGCUCUUGUUUUCAGAAGCGACCUGCCCACAACAACAACAAGCUGUCACUUCCUCUGCAGAAUUUGUCUGAUGGAGCAAAGGCACUCGGCACAGCUCGGUGCAAAAAGGCAACAAUGUGACCAGCGUGCAUACAGCACGGAUCGUACUGGAAAUUUGACACGGCACCAGAGAACUCGCACAGGAGAGAAACGCUUCAAGUGCAGUGUGUGUGGGAAGGCAUUUGCAUAUUCAUCUCUUCUUGUAAUACACCAGAGAACACACACGGGAGAGAAACCCUUCAAGUGCAGUGUGUGUGGGAAGGCAUUUGCACAUUCAUCUUCUCUUGUAAUACACAAGAGAACACACACAGGAGAGAAACCCUUCAAGUGCAGUGUGUGUGGGAAGGCAUUUGCAGAGUCAUCUACUCUUGUAGAACACCAGAGAACACACACGGAAGAGAAACCUUUCAAGUGCAGUGUGUGUGGGAAGGCAUAUGCACAUUCAGUUUCUCUUGUAGCACACCAGAGAAUGCACACAGGAGAGAAACCCUUCAAGUGCAGUGUGUGUGGGAAGGCAUUUGUACGUUCAUCUCCUAUUGCAAUACACCAGAGAACACACACAGGAGAGAAACCCUUCAAGUGCAGUGUGUGUGGGAAGGCGUUUGCACAGUCAUCUACUCUUGUAAUGCACCAGAGAACACACACGGGAGAGAAACCCUUCAAGUGCAGUGUGUGUGGGAAGGCAUUUGCACAUUCAAUUUCUCUUGUAGCACACCAGAGAAUGCACACAGGAGAGAAACCCUUCAAGUGCAGUGUGUGUGGGAAGGCGUUUGCACAGUCAUCUGCUCUUGUACAACACCAGAGAACACACACAGGAGAGAAACCCUUCAGGUGCAGUGUGUGCGGGAAGACGUUUUCACAGUCAUCAAAUCUUCAAAGACACCAGAGAACACACAAGCAUCUGAAGAUUCACAAGGAGUGGAGUCUGAAAUCCGCUUGUGAAAGUCAAAGUGCCGCAAUGAGCCCAUCCCUCAUGAAACAAGAACCGGAAGAAAAUCCCAGCUUGGACACUUUUAAAGGUAUCGAGGUGAAAUAUGAAGAGGUGAAGGUGAAAUAUGAAGAAGUGAUGGUGAAAAGCGAAGAAGUGAAGGUAAAAUGUGAAGAUGAAGAGUCAACUCAAAAAUCGGACCUUCACAUCGAUGGAGGCAACGUGAAGCAGGAGGAUAAUUCUCACUGCGAGGCAGAGCAAGGCAACUCCCAGCAGUUGGUGGAAGUGGAGGUGUGGGUGGACUUUCUCCGAGACAAUACAAAGUCAAAUGGAGACCCGGUAGUGGUGUACAAAGGCACUCCGCGCAGGCUCGGUGCAUACAGCACGGAUCGUACUGCAAAUUUGACACGGCACCAGAGAACUCGCACAAGAGAGAAACCAUUCAAGUGCAGUGUGUGUGGGAAGGCAUUUGCAUUUUCAUCUCCUCUUGUAAUACACCAGAGAACACACACGGGAGAGAAACCCUUCAAGUGCAGUGUGUGUGGAAAGGCGUUUGCACAGUCAUCUACUAUUGUAAUGCACCAGAGAACACACACAGGAGAGAAAUCCUUCAAGUGCAGUGUGUGUGGGAAGGCAUUUGCACAUUCAAUUUCUCUUGGAGCACACCACAGAACACACACAGGAGAGAAACCCUUCAGGUGCAGUGUGUGUGGGAAGGCGUUUGCACAUUCAUCUACUCUUGUAAUACAUCAGAGAACACACACAGGAGAGAAACCCUUCAGGUGCAGUGUGUGUGGGAUAGCGUUUACAAUUUCAUCUACUCUUGUAACACACCAGAGAACACAUACUGGAGAGAAACCCUUCAGGUGCAGUGUGUGUGGGAAGGCGUUUGCACAGUCAUCUGUUCUUAAAACACACCAGAGAACACACACAGGAGAUAAACCCUUCCAGUGCAGUGUGUGUGGGAAGGCGUUUGCACGUUCAUCUGCUCUUGUAAUACACCAGAGAACUCACACGGGACAUAAACCCUUCAAGUGCAGUGUGUGUGGGAAGGCGUUUACAGUUUCAUCUGCUCUUGUACAACACCAGAGAACACACACAGGAGAAAAACCCUUCAGGUGCAGUGUGUGUGGGAAAGCGUUUGCACAGUCAUCUGCUCAUGUAGAACACCAGAGAACACACACGGGAGAUAAACCCUUCAAUUGCAGUGUAUGUGGAAAGGCGUUUACAGUUUCAUUUGCUCUUGUACAACACCAGAGAACGCACACAGGAGAGAAACCCUUCAAGUGCAGUGUGUGUGGGAAGGCGUUUGCACAGUCAUCUGCUCUUGUACAACACCAGAGAACACACACAGGAGAGAAACCCUUCAGGUGCAGUGUGUGCGGGAAGACGUUUUCACAGUCAUCAAAUCUUCAAAGACACCAGAGAACACACAAGCAUCAGAAGAUUCACAAGGAGUGGAGUCUGAAAUCCGCUUGUGAAAGUCAAAGUGCCGCAAUGAGCCCAUCCCUCAUGAAACAAGAACCGGAAGAAAAUCCCAGCUUGGACACUUUUAAAGGUAUCGAGGUGAAAUAUGAAGAAGUGAUGGUGAAAAGCGAAGAAGUGAAGGUAAAAUGUGAAGAUGAAGAGUCAACUCAAAAAUCGGACCUUCACAUCGAUGGAGGCAACGUGAAGCAGGAGGAUAAUUCUCACUGCGAGGCAGAGCAAGGCAACUCCCAGCAGUUGGUGGAAGUGGAGGUGUGGGUGGACUUUCUCCGAGACAAUACAAAGUCAAAUGGAGACCCGGUAACCUGCUGCGUGACGUCACGCGGUAACAGGAAGUUUCCGCUCCGCCCGUCCACUGAAAUCCGAGGCCAAGCCCGCUUUAGCUGCUCUACCGCUCUUGUUUUCAGAAGCGACCUGCCCACAACAACAACAAGCUGUCACUUCUUCUGCAUAAUUAAUCUAAUGGAGCAAAGGCACUCUGCACGGCUCGGUGCAUACAGCACGGAUCGUACUGGAAAUUUGACGCGGCACCAGGGAACUCGCACAAGAGAGAAACCCUUCAAGUGCAGUGUGUGUGGGAAGGCAUUUUCACAUCCAUCUGCUCUUCAAAAACACCAGAGAACACACACAGGAGAGAAACCCUUCAAGUGCAGUGUGUGUGGGAAGGCAUUUGCACGUUCAUGUCCUCUUGUAAUACACCAGAGAACACACACGGGAGAGAAACCCUUCAAGUGCAGUGUGUGUGGGAAGGCAUUUGCACGUUCAUGUUCUCUUGUAAUACACCAGAGAACACACACGGGAGAGAAACCCUUCAAGUGCAGUGUGUGUAGGAAGGCGUUUGCACAGUCAUCUACUCUUGCAAUGCACCAGAGAACACACACGGGAGAGAAACCCUUCAAGUGCAGUGUGUGUGCGAAGGCAUUUGCACAUUCAAUUUCUCUUGUAGCACACCAGAGAACGCACACAGGAGAGAAACCCUUCAAGUGCAGUGUGUGUGGGAAGGCGUUUGCACAGUCAUCUACUCUUAUAGAACACCAGAGAACACACACGGGAGAGAAACCUCUCAAGUGCCGUGUGUGUGGGAAGGCGUUUGCACGGUCAUCUACUCUUGGAAAACACCAGAUAACACACACGGCAGAGAAAUCCUUCAAGUGCAAUGUGUGUGGGAAGGGGUUUGCACGUUCAUCUACUCUUGUAGACCACCAGAGAACACACACGGGAGAGAAACCCUGCAAAUGCAGUGUUUGUGGGAAAGCGUUUGCACAGUCAUCUACUCUUGGAAUACACCAGAGAAUGCACACAGGAGAGAAACCCUUCAAAUGCCGUGUGUGUGGGAAGGCGUUUGCACAGUCAUCUACUCUUGUAGAACACCAGAGAACACACACGGGAGAGAAACCUCUCAAGUGCAGUGUGUGUGGGAAGGCGUUUGCACGUUCAUCUCGUCUUACAUUCCACAAGCUAACACACACAGGAGAGAAACCCUUCCAAUGCAGUGUGUGUGGGAAGGCGUUUGCACAGUCAUCUACUCUUGUAAUGCACCAGAGAACACACACGGGAGAGAAACCCUUCAGGUGCAGUGUAUGUGGGAAGGCGUUUGCACGUUCAUCUACUCUUGUAGCACAUCAGAGAACACACACGGCAGAGAAACCCUUCAAGUGCAGUGUGUGUGGGAAGGCGUUUGCACGUUCAUCUCCUCUUGUAGAACACCAGAGAACACACACGGGAGAGAAACCCUUCAAGUGCAGUGUUUGUGGAAAGGCGUUUGCACAGUCAUCUACUCUUGUAAAACACCAGAUAACACACACGGCAGAGAAACCCUUCAAGUGCAUUGUGUGUGGAAAGGUGUUUGCACGUUCAUCUCCUCUUGUAGCACACCAGAGAACACACACGGGAGAGAAACCCUUUAAAUGCAGUGUGUGUGGUAAGGCAUUUUCACAUUCAUCUGCUCGUAAAAAACACCAGAGAACACACACAGGAGAGAAACCCUUCAAGUGUACUCCGUGCGGGAAGGCGUUUGCACUUUCAUCAAAUCUUCAUGCACAUCAGAGAACACACAAGCAUCAGAUGAUCCACAAGGAGUGGAGUUUGAAAUCAGCUUGUGAAAGUCAAAGUGCCGCAAUGAGCCCAUCCCUCAUGAAACAAGAACCGGAAGAAAAUCCCAGCUUGGACACUUUUAAAGAUAUCAAGGUGAAAUAUGAAGUGAUGGUGAAAAGCGAAGAAGUGAAGGUAAAAUGUGAAGAUGACAAUUCAACUCCAAAAUGGGACCUUCACAUCGAUGGAGGCAACGUGAAACAGGAGGAGAAUUCUGACUGUGAGGCAGAGCGAGGCAACUCCCAGCAGUUUGUGGAAGUGGAGGUGUGGGUGGACUUCCUCCGAAACAAUACAAAGUCAAAUGGAGACCCGGUAGAUGUGUAACUUGAGAUGAUGUCGCUCCAAUAGAUGCUCCUUUGUCAGGUAUUUAAUGACAAGAAUGUGAAGUUGAACUUAAUUUCUAGGUGCAACCUGCAGGGUAAGAGCGGCCAGUCUUUGUGGACCUGUGGGUUGCGUAGAUCUCUAAUCAGGAGCGAGAGCCAAUAAGCUCCCAAGCAUUGUUAUCAAUUUCAUUUAUACGGUGCUUGCUUAAUCUCGGCAAAUCGGAGUUUUGUAUAGUAUCUCGUCUCAAACACUCGAAGAGCAUUCCCAAGUAGCAGCUGCCCAUGUGUGGUACAAAGUGGUUGCUCUGCACCGGCCUGCAUGUGGACAAGAGCCUGUCAGUAGGGGGCAAUGGUUGAUAUGGCAUCUUGGUUGUGGAGUUUGUAUGUAAUGUUUAGAAUUUCAUGAAUUUUGACCCAGACGCCAGCAUGCAAUGGCCUACUUGUUUUGAAUGACAAUAGUAUUUUGUACUUACACUGUUAAGCAGACGGUGUGUAUUUUUUUAAAUGGCUUGUUAAUACGAUGCAACCUAAUGCAGCAUAUUUCAGUUCAGUAAUUCAAUUUGUUUAAAAUGACUCAAUAAUUUAGAAUGAAUACUUGUCUGAUUGUGUGUGUACAUGUAGCAUUUUGUCUAAGGGUCAAACAUUAAAUAAGUGAUGUUAGGACAAAGUGUGUGUUUUGGAAGUAACCUGUACAGAUAACUCAGGUGAGACCAGUUCUUGUGAUACAGGUCAAAGGGUACUUUUGUGUUUUCAGGAAGCAUCUCCCUCUGGAGCAAUUCAUUUUCUUUGAAAUAGGGAGCACAUUCGGGUCAUUCAUCAGUUACAUGUAGAGGCGAUACAUUCUCUACAACACAUUAUAAUUUUGUAUUACGUGUUGACGUAGAUUUUGUCGAACUCGGACUAGAAAUGCUCCUUGCUGAUGAACGUCUGAAGCAAACCCGGCUGCUGUUGAGACGCUGUACACAAAUAAGGGUCCACAGGUGGCUUGCACUGAAUCAAUGAUGCACUCCCAGAAGGCUGUGCUAGUUCUAGUUUGUGUAAAACAUUCCUUUGUUUCGUGGAGAGAUCGAUAUAUGAAAGAUGUCGUGUCUUCUGAUCUGCUUCAUAGCAAGGAGGUAAUUUUAAGAGCACAUUUGAAAUGCAUUUUUGGUACAUUUGUAUUUGGUUACACGGCAGAGCACAUCUCGUAGAUACAUUCUCCACGACAGCACUCAUUUGAAUUUUGCAUGAUGUCUGCCUAAUUCAGGGGUCGGCAACCAAAAUAACAAGAAGAGCCAUUUCUUUCCAAUUCGGUACAAAAUUCAGUAUUUCAAGAGCCGCAAUGCAUCUGAGUACAUACUGUACAUACGUACAUAUCGUCAAGAAGCAGCCCGUAAAGAGCCGCAUGCGGCUCCAGAGCCGUAGGUUGCCGACCCUUGGCCUAAUUGGUCUGACGGAGCAAAGGCACUCGGCGCAUUACGGUACGACAAGGCAACAAUGUGACCGGUGUGCAUACAGCACGGACCGCCCUGGACAUUUGACACAGCACCAGGGAACUCGCACAGGAGAGAAACCCUUCAAGUGCAGUGUGUGGGAAGGCAUUUUCACAGUCAUCUGCUCCUUAAAAACACCAUAGAACACACCUUAUCUGUCACGUGCCAUCACUCACCUGACUUCUGCCGUGACAAUUUCUGGAUUUUUUCGCCCGAGGACAACCGCUUGUGUUGCGAUUGAAACGUUUUUUUAUUUAUGUGACUUUACCGAAAGAACCGAAGAGUAUGAAAGACUUAUUGUCUGCUGAUCUUGUUCAUAUCUGUGUACAUCGAUAUCCCACAUUGCUUACACGUACACACCACACUGAAAUUAAUGGAAACUAAAACGACUUACGGGGAUGGGCAAAGCUCGAGGAAACUCUUUCAAUGGAGCGAGUUAAGUUUGUUCGAUUCAACAUCUCUGUGUCCGCCUCUCUCUCUGCCUGUGUCUCUAUCUUUCUCUGUCUAUGUGUUCCUCUUGUCUGUCCGCCUGUCUUGUCUGUCUGUAUCAGCGUCUGUCCAACCGUAGUCGACUGUCAGUAGUAGCAGGCGCUCGUUCAACUCCCAUGGCUACACGUCACUCAAACUUGCUCCCAACACAAAGACAUAUCCCCCGUGUCGCCUGGACGGACUGUAUGGGUAAGUGCUGUUAGUGAGCAUAUAUUAAGGUUGGGACGGCACCACGCCCGGCCGCCUUUGUCUCCCUAGUGGCAAUGUUUACACCGCACCGGGUACUCGUUUGAGGCUGAGUUGACGUAGGGGAGGCUCAGGACCGGUUCAGACAAUUGAAGUACCGUUGAAGACGCUUGACACCGAGGUUGAGGCACACGUGUCUUUAUUUACAGUACAACAGUGGGCUGUAUGACACUCGAGGGGGUAUCGGCCCCCUCACCCGUAUAACUGGGGAUACACCCCUAGCUAUCCCUGACCUACCCCCGAGUCCUCCACUAAAGAGCUAGGGGAGGCUGUCUGGCCCGACACUGGCGAGUCGGGCUACGGUACCCGGAGUCCCAGAGUGCUGACUCUGGUUCACGGGACCACGCCGCUGGCUCGGUCCUGCGCGGCCCUGACAAGGGCGGCGUCUCAGGGGAGUCCAGGGCUCUAGCUACCCGGGUCUUCAGUCUUCCCUUUGUUCUAAUACUGAGCCCCGAGCUCUCUCUGUCAUCCCCUUUUAUAUCCCCCCACAGGAUCACAACCCCGGGCAGCCCUACCCCCCAGGCUGCCCGAUGCGGACGUCGUUGCGGGCACCCCCCCCGUGUACUCCCGGAGCUCCGCCCACUGUGUUUGUUCGCCGUUUGAUCCUAUGUACAAACAGCCCCUCGAUAACAGCCCUACAUCACUCCCCCCUGCAUAGCUCGCAGCCGUCCCGGCUGCAACAAUUCCAAUAAAGGUACCUUU